AUGGCCUACUUGUGCUUCAUAAACAGCCACCUUCUUGUGUCCUCACAUGGCAGAAUGGGUGAGCGAGCUCUUUGGGGUCUCUUUUGUCAGGGCACUAAUCCCAUUCAUGAGGGCUCUACUCUCAUGACCCAGAUCAUCUCUCAAAGGCCCCACCUCCAAACUCCAUCAUUUUUCAGGUCAGGAUUUCAACACAUGAAUUUUGAGAGGACACAAACAUUAAGUCUGCAGCACAAUCCAUCCCAUAAUAGUACCAUUAAAUGUCUAGCAAAAGGAGGUGCCAAAGAAUCCCCACAAAACAACUUCUUAAGGGCAGUGAACAGUAUAAAGUUAAACCACCAAGCACUCAAUGCCACAAGGCACCCUGAACAGAACAGGUUGCAUGGGACAUCCCAGGAAACAGAAAUACAAGCAGAAAUACACAAAUGGGACCUAUUCAAACAGGAAGUUUUCCACAGUGAAGGAAACUAUUGA